AUGGAUAAUGAUGAUUUGAAUAUGGUUAAUAUAGAUAACUUAAUUGUGGCUGCACCAAAUAUGGAUGUUUUUCCUGUACCAUUUCCUUUCAAUGAAAUUGAAAGACCUAUUCAACUGGGCUACGCUGAACCAUUACAGAUAGUCGAUAUUCCUAUUGUCAUCGAUGAUCAGAGAUUUGGCGUUCAAACACAAGAAUUAGAUGGACAUCAUGGUGAACCUGCUGUUGUAACCCCAUUUGCUCCAAAUCCAACUUAUGUAAAUAUUGUUGAUUUUGAUAUAGAAUUUUCUCCAACAGUUCAAAAUGUUACUGAUAAUAAUUAUAUACCGUAUGAUCCUACUUUGAACUAUGAGCGUGAAACAGUUGCGGAACUUGUUCAAAAUGAAGAUGAUAACAUCCAAUUACUCAAUAUAGAAACUAUACCCAUUCAAAUACCAGAAUCUCCAGCUGAAAUUGUACCUCUUCGCCAUGAAGUUCAUAACGAUCAUGGGGAACAUAUUGAUAUAAUGCAGCUACCUCAACAAAUCCAUGUAAAUGAAGUGACUCAAGUACAAUUGACUGCGGUUGUAUCUCCUGUAACAAUUGAUCUUACUCAAAAUGACAAUGAAGUUGAAGACGUACAUGACAUGCAAAGAAUUUCAAAUACAGAUCUUCCUAAUAAUAAUGUACAUAUUAAUCAACUAGAGAAUAAUCCACCUGUUCCACUAGUGACUGCUCCAUCUUUGGAAGUCACUGUUCCAAAUCCAAUAGUUGCUGCUGCUGUUGAUAAUACUCAUGAAGCAAUCCAUAUUGACGUGCAUAUUCAAAUAUCAACGUUAUCAUCACAAACUCAUAAAAGAUCAAAUUCAUCGGAUGCAUUUCAUCAAACUGAUAAAAAAGCUAUUCCUUGUAAUAUAAAUCGACACCGAAGAUACAGUUCAUAA